UGGUCAUCCCUUAAACAUGGCGUCUAUCGUGGAGGCAUUAAAAGACACUCCAAAAGGACGGCUAGCUCUAGAUCCUCUCUCACCAAAGGAACAACUGGAAUUAUUAAACAAUAUCUCAAGCCCCCCGGGGAUCCACAAUUCUUUUACUCAAAAGUAUAACAGACCACGCCCAAAAUCUCCUCCCCUUUUACCUUCCCCAGAACCGACACCACCAGCAUCUCUAGACGAGACAAAUAAUUUAAUUUUAACGUCGACAACUUUACCCCAGUCUCCACCAUCUUGGAGUAAAAGGAUAGAUACUGAUGUACUUUCAGAUGAUGAGACAAAGGAGAUUACAGAGUGUAUAAAAAAAAGGAGGUCACAUUUUCUUGAAGAGAAGAAGAGGAUACUAUCAGAGCAUAGUCUCCGGACUAGUGAGAGAGAGGAACGACUUCAAAUGAUGAGAGAAGAUGAUAGUUUCCAAAGAACGAUGGAUGAGCAUUCCUUAAUGCAGGAAGCAGAGAAAGAGGAAGAGCGGAUAAGAAUAAGCUACCAAGAGUAUUCUGAGAUCACUGAGAAGCGAAUACAUGACAACCAGGAAAAGAUGAAACAAACCAUUUUGAAAAUACAACAAAGAAAAGAGUUGUUGAGCAAACUGGAAAAAGAUGUCUUGAUUUUGAAAGAGAAAGGGAAGCGACUGCUGGAUGGAUGUCGAUAUCAUCAACUAAUGGAUAACAAUGCUCCACUCCAGUUUGACCAAAGGGCUACAAGUAUACUACAAAAUAUUGAAGAACAAAGAGCAGCAGAAUCACCUGAUCCUCUUAUGUUAAAUAAUAUAAAGUCAUUAGUGACUGGUCUUCUUCCAUUGCUCCCUCUCAUCAAAGAAGAGGUGGAGAGAGCAAACAAAGCUGGAGCUGACUUGAUAGAGAAACAGAAGAAGCAGAAGGAGGAGGAGGGCAGAGAGGCAGAGAGAAAAAGACUUGAAGAUCUCAAAAAGACUCAAGGAACAGCAACAACGCCUUCAGCUAAGACUCAGAAUGAAAAAGGAUCUGCUCCUGUAGCAGCAGCGACUGGUGACAAUGGACUUAUGAUUAUACCCAAGUCUGCUUUGCAAAGAUAUGAGGAAUUGAUUGAGAAAUUGGAGAAAGCCAACACUCAGACUGCAACAUUUUCUAAAACAAGUGAUCCACAGAUGAAAAAGUACAAGUUCAGCCUUCAGAAAGCAGUCAAUAUGGUUGGUGCGGUUUCUGGUCAAACUGGUAGUCAGCUCCUUCAUAUUGUCCAACAAAUAAAGAGAUUGUUGUCUGGAGAUAUCAUUGAAGUAUCUGGCAAAAGAGUAACCGUGAAAGACCAUCCAUUGGCCAGGGACUACUGCAUUAACCUACUGGCUAGGAAAAUAGUAGAGCAAGCUGGAGAGGCCUCGAGGUUUGUCUUUACCCUGGCUGGUAUUGUUGUCCUCCUUUGGCACAAUUUCCCUGAGUUUGGUGACCUUUUCCUUGCCCACUGCUACCACACUUGUCCUGUACUAGUACCGCUCUACUUCAGGAAGAACAAAGGAAUGAGUGAGAUUGAGUUUAAAAAGUUGUUAGGUUAUAAAGUUGUUGGUGGGAUCCUUGAGGAGGACAAACUGUUUAAUGACAGACUGAGUGGCUGUGUAAAACUUUAUGCAGCUGUCAUUCAAACCACACCUAUAAUGGGAGUGCCGAAUCAUCAUGGCCUUGAUAAUGGCUGGACGCUAAUUGCAAGGUUGCUUAAUUCUGAGCCACAGCAUAACAUCACUGCUAUAGCACUAAAAAGCUUAUUGGAGGUGGCUGGGCAUGGCUUGAUGAAGAAGUAUGGCCGACAGUUUAAGAAGAUCGUGUUAUUUUUAUGGCAGGAGUACAUAAAAAAGAUUGAGAGUGUAACUGCUUCUGGAGAGAGACAACCUUUUGUUGAACUUCAACUCUUUUUAGAGAAAUGUAUGAAGGAGGGACGUAUUCCUGUCCCUGAUGGUGUUUUAACUGAUGAUUUCUGGAGAAGGAGAGAAGUCUCUAUUAUUGGAGAAUGAAUCAAUCAAUCAUUGUAAGAAAGAGACACAAAAUAAUGUAAAAUAAUUUUCUAUCAUUUUUAAUCACUUGACAAUUCACUUUUCAUUUUUUUUCUAAUAAAUUCAUGCCUUGUAAUGUCAA